AUGACUCUCGAGACUCGCGAAGACACCGAUCGAGGCUUUCGGUCCACCUGUUGUCUCGCAAAACUUUUGCAGACCGAGGAGGUGAAGGCGUUCAUGCUGGCUUGUGAACCGGCGGCCAUUAAGCUCACAUUAAUCGGCGGCCUAACCAGAUUCUUCCCUCCUUAAUGCCCCUCCCCCCUUUAGCCUGCCUCUUUUGGCCGCUACAAGCGGAGUGGGGAACACCCCUUUGUCUCCUUGUCCUUUUGGAGGGAAUCCACGGAAAGCUAGAGAUGAAGGCCGCAGCAGGCCUCUUCUUCACCCUCUUUUUGUUCCUCGUCAUCGGAGAGUAGGCGGAUCAAGAACUGGUGAAUCGGGAGGAGAUGGAGGAGGCGAAGAAGAAGGCGAUGGUGCUGCUGUUCUUGGUGGUCUUGUCCGGUGGGUUUUGCAGCGUGUCUGCUGCUUCCCCUGCAAGGCUGGUUAGUGCGUUUGUCUCCAAUCUCUUGUCGGCUCUGUUGCGACGUCUGUGGUCGUUGACGCCUUCUACUGGAAACGCGAUCUUGAACCGUUCGAGUGUGAAGUUUGAGAGCGGGUACAAUGUGGAGACCGUGUUUGAUGGAAGCAAACUUGGAAUCGAGCCAUUCUCUGUUGGAGUCAUGCCGAGCGGGGAUCUCCUAGUCUUGGAUUCCCUGAACAGCAACAUUUACAGAGUUUCUCUGCCGUUGUCUAAAUACAGCAGGCCUAAGCUUGUUGCUGGUUCAGCAGAAGGAUACACUGGUCAUGUUGAUGGGAAGCCACGGGGAGCAAGGAUGAAUCAUCCAAAGGGACUUGCGGUGGAUGAUAAGGGUAACAUUUAUGUUGCAGACACCAAGAACAAAGCAAUCAGGAAAGUCAGUGACACUGGAGUUACAACAAUAGCUGGGGGAAAGUCGAACAAAGGGGGCCACGUCGAUGGGCCAAGUGAAGAUGCAACAUUCUCCAGUGAUUUUGAGGUGGUCUACAUUGGUAGUGGCUGUUCUCUUCUGGUGGUAGACAGGGGUAACAAGGCAAUCCGGGAGAUCCAGCUGCACUUUGAUGAUUGUUCUUACCAGUAUGGAGCUGGUUUUCCUCUAGGAAUUGCAAUGCUCUUUGCUGCUGGUUUCUUUGGCUACAUGCUUGCAAUGUUGCAGCAGCGGUGGGCAGUGGUAGUAUCGUCCACUAAUGAUCCAACAUCUCCUACUGAAGCAAGCUAUCUGUCUAGUCCGUAUCAGCAGCCAAUGAACUCAUCACUCAGGCCACCACUAAUUCCACCGGAAGCUGAAUACAAGAAGCAUGAAGAAGAAGAGGGCCUCUUCACCUCAGUUAAGAAGCUUGUCACAGGUGCUGGCUUAUCCCUCAGUCUCAUGAUCAGUGGAAUAUUCUUGAGAAAAAGGUCACAGAGCUAUCACCAGGAGCAGCAGAAGCAACAACGCAAGGCAAACUCAUGGCCCCUGCAAGAAAGUUUCGUCGUUCCAGACGAAGAACCACCUCCAGUAGAGGUACAAACACCAAAUCAGCAGCGUAAGACCUAUGCAUUCAUGUCAAAGAACCUGGAGAAGGUCCAGCAACUACGUAAUGACAGAGCCUAUUUCAAUGGAUGGGAUGGAGAAUCACAACCGCAGCAGCACUUGCAGAAACAUCGACAGCUCUCUUCAAGCCCACAGACCUACUAUGAGCCAACCUACGAGACAACAGACGAGGUGGUUUUUGGGGCAGUGCAGGAAUCGGAUAGUAAGUAUGACAUAGCUCCAUCCUAUGAUCAAUAUGGUCCUCGGUACCGAGUCAGUUACUUGGGGCACUACAAUGACUACUAGGUAUGUUUUCCAAUAAUUUUGAUGAUGACGUUUGUUUCAGCACAAAGUCUACCAAUUGCUAGCAAAAGAUGCAUAGAUCUGUUAAAUGGAUGUAUUAAUGGGUAUUAAAAGGAAGUUGAAGCACUCGUAGUCUCAAUUAUCAUUGGAAGGGACUUAGCAUAUUGAUUUC